GUAUUUCUCCGACACACAGGAAUCAGGAGAUCUCGAGUGUCAAAAACGAUGAAAUUGACGGCCCUUAUCAAAUCAGUGGCAUAGAUUUCUUUGGCAGGCCAUAACUGACCUGGAACAAUGGCUUUGCCAAAGAUCGCCUGUAUCGGCGUCAUUGGGAAAGCUGAUAAUCCACUCCACGUGUCGCUCUUCCCCCCUUAUCUGGAGUCCACUAUUGAGUUCUCCUUUAUAUUGAACUCCUGCCUUGAUAUCUUUGAAAUACGCCGUAAACAGACGUCAAUUGACCAAGAUCUGGGUCUUUUGCAAGCUGUCGAUGAGAGACUCGCAGCAUAUGGCUGGCUUUCUACAACGGGGGUCAAAUUCCUAGUUAUAGUUGACUUGAUCGGGCAGCCCAUCGUUGAUGAAGAUCCGAAAGGUUCAACUAAGUCGGAAUUAAGGGAAUUCGACCUAAAAGCAGUUUUCCGAACUCUCCAAACCGCAUAUGUGCAGUUGCUACAGAAUCCGUUUUAUCGACCGGACGAGCAUACGGCCACAGCGAAAGCCGUGUCAUCAUACAGUUCGCAGAUCACAGAUCAGAGGUUCAUCAAUGAGGUCAACCGAAUCGGAAACUCAUGGCUUCCGACUGUGACUCCCUUUUAACAAACAAUGAGACCCAUUCUAUGUGGCAAACAACCUACCGGUCUACACAGUAUCUUCGAAGGAUCUCGAACUCGAAGAUCACAUGUAAAAUUGAUGACUCCCACCCUUGGUGUUUGCCAAUAAUUAUUGGUGUAGUACGUACAGGUUUCAGUAUAGCAUUCUCCACCGUACAGCAUCUGGCCCAGGAUAACGAUACUUCUCGUGGGCC